AUGGGCCUGUCCUUCCCCGCGCAGACGUUCCAGAAGCUCUCGCCGGGCUCCUACCUCCUGCGACACCUCCAGUCCACGGAACCCACACGGCCCUCGGCGCGCGCACCGGAAGCGUUUCGCGCUCCGUCGCUCCAUACCAAUUCGCUAUCGCACGCGCAGGGGUCGGCGGUGGUGCGCACUGGCGAUACUGCCGUCGUGUGCGGCGUGCGCGGAGAGAUCUUGGGGCUUACACAUGGAGAGGGGAGGACGAAAGGGAAGAUUGAUGUGCACCGGAAUGUCUCUGACGGCACCACCGGGAAGUUGGAUGUCGACGAGGAGAUCAAGACACACUCGCUGCUCGUGCCAAAUCUUGAGCUGGGCACUGGCUGCUCCCGUGACUACCAUCCCGGCCCACCGUCGGACUUUGCACAGGCGGUGGCGGAACGAUUGCGCUCCCUGCUGCUCGAUACUGCGACGUUGAUACCGGCCUCUACACUGCGCAUCUGCGAUGUCGAAGGCGAGACGAAGGCCUACUGGGUGUUGUACAUUGACAUCGUGUGUAUCUCACUCGACGGCAACGUUCUGGACACGGCAUGGGCGGCGGUGGUGGCUGCACUCAGGUCCACCAGGCUGCCAAGGGCGAUAUGGGAUGCGGAUAAGGAGAUGGUGGUCUGCGAUCCUAAUCCUGCCGCGUACCGUGCCCUGGAGAUGAGGGAGCCCGUGUUUGUGGCUUCUUUCUGCGUCUUUGAGAACGAAGGCGAGGAGGAGGAAGGCGGAAAACAGAGGUGGGUACUCAGUGAUCCCGAUGAGUUUGAGGAGUCCGUGUGUGUCGAGAGGGUGCUGGUUUGUGUAAGCGAAGGAGGCAAGAUCAAGAGGAUCGAGAAGAGCGGUGGCCUCACGAACGUCGUCGAAGUGUUGCCGGUGUGCAUCAAGAGGGCUAAGGAGAGGUACGAGACGUGGGUAAAGAUGUUGGGUUGA